GCAUUUGCUUUUGGGUGGGGGGGGAAGCUGUCUGUGUGGAGGGCUGCUCUUUUAUUUGGGGAGAAGGUGCCAUGCCUGCCUUUCCAAAAAAGAGAGACUUUGCUGCAGCCCCCUCCCCAUGAUGCGCUCGAAACAACCACCCAGAUAAGGGGGUAGGGGGGAAAAAACCCCGCUUGUUUUCGUUUUCCUAUUUCCGACUAUAUAAUUUGGUUUCCAUUCUGAAGGGGAGCGUGGAGAGUAGCAGGUAAAUCGUGGCAGCAGGCCUUACGUGCCACAUGGCAAGCGGAGGAGGCUCUCCAUCUCCUCCUCUUCUCCUUCCUGCUGCUUGGUGGUUAUAAAAUUGAGUCUGCAAAAGCCUGCCCGAAGCAGGAUGUUAGUUAACAAAUGGAAGCCUUUAAAAAAACGGAGAGAGAGAGAGAUGAUAGUGAUGAUAAUCAUCAUCUCACAAUGAGUGCAGUGGUGCCUGCUAGAAAGCAGAUGCUCUGUGGUUUAGAUUAGCAGUUGGGAGGAAAUGGAGGGAAGUGGGCGCGGUGGCAUUUGGGGCCCACCCUGUGCCAGAGCCAAGAUGUUAUCGCUCAGAGAGGCAGCUUCGAAGACCCAGGAAAGAAGGCUGAAAUCUAAAGGAUUCCCUAUUUUGCUUAAACUGUUUUAAAUCCUAGUAUAAUGCUCUGAAAGGUGUUCCCCCAAAUGGCAAGACAGGGACAGUAGGUUUUUUUAAAAAGGGGGGGGGAAAUAUCAGGGAUAUGUACCAGAAAAGUGGAUCUGUUCCUCGGUAAAAUAGGGACAAUUCAGACAUAAGUACAUUUGUUUGUUUGUUUGUUUGUUUAGUAUAACUUCCUAUACCUGCAGGUCUCAGGGUGGUUCACAAGAUAAAUAUAUUUUGAUAAUGGCUAUCAAUCACUAUAGACAGAUAAGUCCCAUUUUGAGGGCGUUUGCCUUGAAAGUCACAGGAUAAAUAUUUUAAUAGCACCAGUUCAGCUUCAGAAUAUUGCCAUGGCCCCAACAUCGUUUAAUAUUAAAUUACUGCAUUAUUUUUAAGUGUUACGGCAGAGGUGGGGGAACCUCUGGCCUGUGGGCCAGUCUUUAUCUGCCAAGAGUUCCAGUUUGGUCCAUGAAGCUAUUGUUCGAAAUUAUGCCAAAGUGUCAGUCAGCUGACAUCACUCCAAUAGGUGGGUGACAUCAGCUGAUGGGCAGGGGGUUGGGGUUCAAUUCUGAAUUGGCUGCAUAUGCCAGUUCCCUGUGGAUUUAACACCUAUGGAUUUAAGUAGCAGGAUUUAAUGCCUGCUCAUCAGCUGAUGGUUUAAAGUGGAAUGUGUAGCCUGAUUGGGCAUGCUGCUGAAAUCAUGGGCACUUUGCUUCUUCCCUACAGUGACCUAGGCCAUGGGCUUGCUGAACAUUACAUUCAAGCCCAAAUUCAUGGUUUGGUUUUCCAAAAUGAACUACCUUUAAACCAUAGUUUAGUUUAAGUAUUGUUUAAAGAGAUGUGUGAACCAAGCUAUUAUCUUACUCCCUGCAAAUGUUCUGCUUGUAUGUUUAUUGGUUACUAGUGAUAUUGUUAUAUUGUUCUAUUGAAUUAGGCUAACAUUAUACAGUAAUGUAUAUCACAUAGAGGCUGCAGCAUUAGGUUAGGUUAACAUAUGCAAAAAAAUAAUAUUAAUCUCCAGUGGGUAGAAUAGCUGUAUGUAAAUAUAAAUGAAGUUUGCAUUCUGCAAGCAUAGGCCUAUUUUUCUGGCUGCUUUUGCAAGUGUUCCUUUCUCUAAAUCCAAUUGUUUUUUUCUCUAGUCCUAAUUAAUGGACCUACCUGCAUUGAAUUACUUUUUUUAGCUGCAAGGGUGCUAUAACCUUGAAAUGUUAUAGCAUCUUAGAUUGUUUGUGUUGAAAUAAAAGUUGAGGGAUGUGCAUUUUGCCAGGUGUAUUUCCUAACUCCAUCCCCUUAGGAUGUUUUAGCUAUUAGGUCCUUUAUCAAAACAAUCCCCCACCCUUUAAAAAGUAAUGAUUAACUUGGAGAAGAAUGGGUUUGUUUGUUUGUUUUUUGCUUGUUUGCUUUAAUCACAACUAAUAUGUUUAUGCAUAUCUGGAUAUGUAAUCUUCUCCCCCCCCCCCCGGUGUAUGUGGGUGACCCUAUUUUGCUACAUGGUAUCACCCAUUUUGGAAGGGAAUAUAUUAUGCAGAAAACAAAUAAACUACUACGUUAAACAAGGCUGUGGGUCCUUACCAGAAAGCAUUCACAAAAAACCUCCAUAAAUAUGUGACUGAGAGAUCCAAGAUAAGCAUAACAUUGGUUGGGUAAAUGUUUCAGCUUCUGCCUUCAUUGGUAACACAAAACUGUUUAAUUUCAAAAGGAACACUUGGAGUCAAGGUUCAUCAGAUGCUCUGGACAGAGGGAAUUCUCAGGAAAGCUUACAUAAAAAGAGAUAUAUUUGUGCUAGAAAUAUUUAAAAUAGGAUUAAAAACACAGAGAGCCCUUUAUGUAUUAUCCUUCAAGUUGAAGCCUUCAGGCAUUUCAGUUUUCAGUCUGUGUAUCUGGGUGUUGUCUCUUGCUUCAGGUCUGUUAGAAAUGACUCUUUGAUUGGAAGGGAGUGGAUGCUCUGCCAGCCAUAGGGGCAGCACAUUUCUCUCCUUAUGCCCUCAACAAACUCUGAGGAGGACUUUGACACAGUAAAGAGGGCUUAGGGGCAAGGUGACCUUGCCACCCAGUUGCCCUUUGCUUUUAGAAACAUCUCAAACAAAAAGGACGGGGAAGGAGGGCGGAGGUGCUGCCUUCUCACUCAGGGCAACAGUAAAUAGUCACUGCAGUGAUGCCCACCAAGUUUGCUGAGUGCCAAGGAAAAGGAGACACAUGCUAAAGGAGCAAGCAGUGCUAAGACCAAGGCUGGCCACAGCUCUUGGUAGCAGUUCAGGGGUGCCAACCAGUGGCACAAUUUGUGUGCCCCCCCCAGCCUAUGCCCUUGGCAGGGACCAACCUAGCCAACCCCUAGGAAUGCCCCUAUGUGAAGAAUAACUUACUGCAAUGGGAGGUAGUAAUAAAUAAAAGUGGGUUUCUGCUGCUGAUCCUGAAAACAGUUCAUGAACUGGUUAACUUAUUAUAAUGGUUUAAAAGUAUGUACCGUAAUUUGUUUCCAGCUCCCACAUUGCCACAAUAAUGACAAUGAUUUCAGCUCAGAAAAGUAUACCUAUUUAAUUUUCACAUUCUGCUUGGUUAACAGGUGUUCAGUUUUGUAGAUUCUUUCCUACUGCAGUUCACAUUCCUUUGCUGUUUUGGCAUUUAAAUUGGCAUAGCCCUUUGACUGAACAGGUUCCCUUGCUCCUCCUAUACUGUAUGUUGCAUGCUAUUUGUUUCAGCUGAAAAAGUUUCAAGCUUCAAAAGAUGAGUAAUUUAUGAGUUAAUCAUGACUCACUGGCCAGUGUUGAGGAAGGAGAGGCAGAGUAAUUCUGAUGCAAAUAUUAGUAAAAGCUAAUAUUUAAUCCUUCACUGGGUGGUGUGCAAAGAGAUACAAGGUAACAUUUACUUGUUCUAAAGCUAAAAAGAUUUUUAAAAAUAUUUUGAGAGAGUUGUCCAAAGUAAUAUUUUCUGCAGUAGCCUUUUGUGUUUAUAGAAGGUGUUUUACUAGGUAUUAAACGAAGAGGAACUUUUCUCUCUCUUUUAUGAUUCUGAGGGAAAGCAGUACUUUGGCCACCAGUAUAAAGUUGUAUUGCAGCCCAUGACUAAUGAUAAAUUUGUUGUAAACCUGCCAGCAGCUAAUUUCCAGAGUUUAAACAUAUUUUAUAUGAGAAAAAUCAUGAAUACUUAGAUGUGUAACUAGACUGAGCAUGUUUGACUUGUUUAAACUUUAAGGAAAUGUCUGUUCUAGAUUUUUGUAGCAUGUCAUGUAAUUAUUCUCAGCUUUUGAGAGGAAAAAAUAACUGAAUGACAUGAGGUCUAGCAUGGCCACUUAAAGCUAUAAAACUUGGUCAGUUAGUAGCUCUGUGCCUACUAAACCAUGCAAAUGUGGAGGGGGAUAAUUGUUUUCCAUUUAUGCUUGCAAUUGGGCAGUAAGAAAUCAGAGUUCAGUCCUGUUCUUUUCUUUUGCUUAGGUCUCUCCAAUUUAGCCUGCAGCCCUAUAUACAGUACACAUUUACCUUGGAGUAAGUCCCAAUCGUGCUUACUUCCAAGGCAAGCUAGAUAAAGGUUCUGGGAACUAUAUUUCACGAACCUUUCUAAACAGAAACAAAAGCGAGUGAUGGAGAAGAAUGGGAACAACCGGAAACUUCGGGUUUGUGUUGCUACCUGCAACAGGGCUGAUUAUUCCAAAUUGGCCCCAAUCAUGUUUGGCAUUAAAACAGAGCCACAGUUCUUUGAGCUGGAUGUUGUGGUUUUGGGCUCCCAUCUGAUUGAUGACUAUGGUAACACUUACCGUAUGAUUGAACAGGACGACUUUGACAUCCACACUAGGUUACACACAAUAGUGAGAGGAGAAGAUGAGGCAGCCAUGGUGGAGUCUGUAGGCCUUGCCUUGGUCAAGCUGCCAGAUGUCCUCAAUCGUCUGAAGCCUGACAUAAUGAUAGUCCAUGGAGACAGGUUUGAUGCUUUAGCAUUAGCAACAUCUGCAGCCUUAAUGAACAUUCGAAUUCUUCAUAUUGAAGGCGGAGAAGUCAGCGGUACUAUAGAUGACUCCAUCAGACAUGCCAUAACCAAACUGGCUCAUUACCAUGUGUGUUGCACAAGAAGUGCAGAGCAGCAUUUGAUAUCUAUGUGUGAAGACCACGACCGUAUCCUCUUGGCAGGCUGCCCUUCAUAUGAUAAGUUGCUAUCUGCCAAAAACAAGGACUACAUGAGCAUUAUCCUCAUGUGGUUAGGUGAAGAUGUAAAACCAAAGGAUUAUAUAAUUGCUUUACAGCACCCAGUGACCACAGACAUUAAACAUUCCAUAAAGAUGUUUGAAUUGACUUUGGAUGCCUUAAUCUCUUUUAACAAGAGGACAUUGGUUUUAUUUCCAAAUAUUGAUGCAGGAAGCAAAGAAAUGGUUCGGGUAAUGAGGAAGAAGGGUGUUGAACACCACCCCAAUUUUCGAGCAGUAAAGCAUGUUCCAUUUGACCAGUUCAUUCAGCUGGUGGCUCAUGCUGGCUGUAUGAUUGGAAACAGCAGCUGUGGUGUGCGAGAGGUUGGGGCAUUUGGUACUCCUGUCAUCAAUCUUGGGACACGCCAGAUAGGAAGAGAAACAGGUGAAAAUGUCCUUCACGUUCGUGAUGCUGACACCCAGGACAAAAUACUGCAAGCUCUGCACCUCCAGUUUGGGAAACAAUAUCCUUGUUCAAAGAUAUAUGGAGAUGGGAAUGCUGUUCCAAGAAUCCUAAAGUUUCUUAAGUCUAUUGAUCUUCAAGAACCCCUUCAGAAGAAAUUCUGCUUCCCUUCUGUAAAGGAAAACAUCUCUCAAGAUAUUGACCAUAUCCUUGAGACCCAGAGUGCUCUGGCAGUGGAUCUGGGUGGAACAAACCUCCGAGUAGCAAUUGUCAGCAUGAAGGGUGAAAUAGUUAAGAAAUAUACCCAGCUGAAUCCAAAAACUUAUGAGGACAGAAUACAAUUGAUCCUUAAGAUGUGUGUAGAGGCAGCCUCAGAAGCAGUAAAUCUGAACUGCAGAAUUCUGGGUGUGGGUAUUUCUACAGGUGGACGAGUAAAUCCCCGAGAAGGCGUUGUUCUUCAUUCCACAAAACUUAUUCAGGAGUGGAAUACUGUUGAUCUGCGGACUCCGAUAUCGGAUGUGCUUCACUUGCCAGUGUGGGUAGACAAUGACGGUAACUGUGCAGCUCUGGCAGAGAGAAAAUUUGGGCAAGGAAAAGGAGUGGAAAACUUUGUAACCCUCAUCACUGGUACAGGUAUUGGCGGCGGAAUCAUUCAUCAGAAUGAAUUGAUCCAUGGAAGUUCUUUUUGUGCUGCUGAGCUUGGGCACAUUGUAGUCUCUUUAGAUGGACCCGAGUGCCUCUGUGGGAGCCAUGGAUGUAUUGAAGCGUAUGCUUCUGGAAUAGCCUUGCAGAGAGAAGCUAAGAAGUUGCACGAUGCAGAGGAUUUAUUGUUAACUGGGGGGAUGUCUGUAAUGAAGGAAGAGGCAGUAACUGCUGCACAUCUCAUUCAGGCAGCCAAACUAGGAAAUACAAAAGCUGACCAUAUUGUCAAAACAGCAGGGAGAGCUCUGGGCCUUGGAAUUGUGAACAUCCUGCACACUAUUAACCCCUCCCUUGUGAUACUUUCUGGCAUCCUUGCAAGCCAUUAUAUCAACACUGUCAAAGAUGUGAUUCAUCAGCAGGCCUUGUUCUCUGUGCAGAAUGUCAAGGUGGUUGUCUCAGAGCUGUCAGAUCCUGCCUUGCUUGGAGCUGCUAGUAUGGUUCUGGACUAUACAACACGCAGGAUAUACUAGGCAAAACAUUGGAAACACAUUACUGCAGUUUAUAGCAGCUCUCUGAAAAGAGAAGUUUCUUACUGAAGUCAACUUUCUUUUUUUAAGUAGGCUAGUAGGGUCUUCAAAUCUAUAUCUUACUUUUUUAAUGUGCUGUUUCAUUGGGUGCUGGAAGAACACAGGAUCCUGGGAAGAUUGCUCACAGGGAGACUUUCUCACAGAUCUUUAUGAAACUAAAUAAUUCCUGGGGAUGUCUGAAUGCCAGACAUCUAAAAAUAAAAAUGAGACACCUUAAUUCCCUCACUACUUCCUACUCAUGGAUUUUCCAGCUACAUGAGCCAAGACGUAGUCAUCUCAGUCACCAGAAACUGGAAUAGUCAUUAAAGAAAGAAAGAAACCUUCCAUAUGAAUGUGUACAACUGUUCCUGCCUCUGCAGAGGCUAAAUGAGCAGCUUUAAUCUUUAUGAGACUACAACAAUCCAGCAGUAUGCAGUGAUCAUCCAUGUAUUUAUUUGUUAAAUUAAUAUUGAAAAACCUAGUUUGGAAGAAGAGCCCAAUGAUGUAUGAUGCACUUACAAGUACAGCUUCCAAGAGCCUAGAGCCCUAGACAAUAUGCUUGGAUGAAGAAGAAAGUGAUAUCUUUGUCACAUCCGCCUGUAGUCGCGUUUUAUCCUCUAAUGUGGAGGUUAAAGACACUUCCUGGUCUUUUGUUGCAGCUUCACGUUUAGAGGAAUGUGCAGUUAACCUGAGUAGUCUUUUGUGUUACAUGCUUUCUUAUCCAUGCUGGUGGCUAGACAAUUGGUUGGAGAAAGGAAUCUUGUCUGAUGUGUGUGCGUGUAUCAUUCAACACUUGCUUUGUCUUCAUUGUCUGGAUAAAUUCCACACUUAAACUGACCUUCAAAUAUGUCACAGCAGCCCAAGCUCUAAUGUAUUUACGUGCCUAUUUUCUAUAGGUAGAUUUUUGUUAGGCUACCUUACAAUGCUCCCAACAAUAGCCUCAGCUAUAUGUUGCCCCUUGAGGCUGAAAGUCUAAGCAGGCUUACUCAGAAGCAAGAACUGGUUCUUUAUACAGCACUACAGGCAUGGCAAUGUUUGACUGAUGUUUGUAUUAACCCUGCUUGAAGACAUUAAUUGGAGACUGGCUGCAGACACAUCAAUGGCUGUGUUCCUUGGGGUGUUUGAAGAUGCAGUUCUCUCCGUCAUAGCAAAUUACUAAUGCGUCCCCAACAAAGUAUGAACCAGCUGUGGGUGCUGAUUUGGUUUGAUCCAAAAUGUACUGCACGGUCAGGCUACUGGUCUUUUUCUUAACUGUUUGAAAGUCCUUAUUUUGAAAAUGGUGAUCUGUUGCUAAAUACAGCCCUCUGUGCUUCUUUGUCUGGCCCUUGCAGCUCUCUUUGGGCCACACCCUUCACUAGCCCUGCUUUUCAUGCCAAGUAGUUUUUGCUGGCUGGGAUGUGUCUAUAAACU